AUGGGCGAUAAGUGGAAGAAUCACGACGAGAUUACACCGUUUCAACAAUACGCGGCAGACGGCGCGGAGGGCGAUAUGGAGCUACUCUUUAAGCCGGGACUUAAUGAUGGUCGUGGAUGCUUCCCAUACGCGGCUGUUGAUAGGGACGGUUACCAUGGUUCCGGACUUAAACCUACGGGAGAUAUUGGCGAGCGUUGUCGGGACAGCUCCAAGGGCCAGAUCUACGCCAGAGUCGGGUCCUCCAAUAAUCGCACUGGCGUAUUGUACUCGUGGUAUCUACCAAAGGUCCAGUCCGAUGGGGAGAACCACAAACAUUACUACCUGAGCGUUGCGGUAUGGAUCUACCGGACGGCCUGCAACAGCGAUGCCUACGACUACACCAUCGCGGGCGUCAGCUACUCCACGGGCCCCGAGAGUUGGGACACCGGAUCAAGCACAAACACCAUCUACAGCGGUGGGGAGCUUACCAGAGGGGGAGUCAACACGCAUCCCGUCGUCGGUUACGACUCUAAGGAAUAUGUCUUCCCCUCAGCCGACAGCGCACAGUAUGCGCUGAACCCGCCGCUGAUAGAUUGGGGAAUGUUGCCUGCAGCAGCCAAGGAACAGCUCAACGGCAUCACCUACGAGCACGCACGGUGCCCACUUACCGACGCCAACUUCCAGCCCUCUCUGGACGCUUCAUUCAGCGCCAACUUCUAUAGUGAUGGGGUCCCUGAAGACAUCGAUUGCGAAUCUGCACCUCCGACUGCUACUCCCACACCGAGUGGCUCUACGAGUCCGGAGAGCACUUCAGAUGGGGAUGAUUCGGGCCUUCUCGAGGAUGACGCAAACUUGGCCAAUACCAGUCUGCCACCCGAGCCCACCUAUACGCCAACACCACAAAGGCUAUUCGUCUGA